UCCCAAGUGAAUUUCAAGAUUCCUCUAAUUUUCUUACUCUGGAGUUUCCUGAAAUUAAUCCCUUCUAAGCAUGGACCUUUUAGACCAUUUCUGUAUCAAAUACUACCACUAAAUCGGCUUACGUAUUGAGAACGAGGUUGAAAAAUUAGUGAGAUGGGACCACUUGGUUUAGCACCAAAAACGUCCAUAUCAAGCUGAAAAGAAAGCACAUGUCUGAGAUUACUUAGUUGAUUAUCAUUUUAUCUCUUUGGUUUAUGUAUGCUCUGGGGAUUAGACUAGUCGAGUUGAUGCUCCGAGAAAAUUAGUGAUUAGCGCAGGUUCACAGUUAGAGAGAAGCUUAUGUUUUGCUGAUUAUGAUGAAGGUAAUCUGAGAGAGAGAGAGAUCAACAGCCGAGGUGGUUCAAAGAUCAAGGCUCACUACUGUUAGUAUCAAAAUCCAUGGAGCCAAGAGGGCAAGAAAAGGAUAUAGGCAGCCUCCCAUACUCGAUGGGUUAUAGUCCACCUUCAUUCACCAACGAAUCCUCAACCAAGCCGCCUUCAGCUCCGACUUUGGAUAGAAGAAGAAUUGAUGCCGGCCGCGGAAGUAUCAUCCCUAUCACCCCCAGUCCUAACCAAACCCUAGAUCAGCAGCAAAAUCCACCACAACAACAACUAUAUGCACAUAAAGACUCGAACCCAGAUCCAGAUCCAGUUCAAGUUACCAAUGCAACCCCCAUAAGUGGUGCAUCUAACUCGAAGACAGCGACAGUGGCAGCUCAACAGCCGCCACCAGCAGCAGCAGCUUCAGGAGCUAAUACAAUUACUCCUGGCUCAUCGGUUCGAUAUCGCGAAUGCCUCAAGAAUCAUGCAGCAAGCAUGGGAGGACAUAUUGUCGAUGGAUGUGGAGAAUUCAUGCCUAGUGGAGAGGAAGGUACUCCUGAAGCCUUAAGGUGUGCAGCUUGCGAUUGCCAUCGCAAUUUUCAUCGGAAAGAGGGCGAUGGCGAACCGCAAGCCGGUACAAGUGGCUAUUACACACAAAACCAUACGCCCAGACUGCACAAUAGUGCUCAUCAGGCGACACUAUUUCGUACUCAACCUCAAACUUCUCCCAUUAGAAUGCCGCCUCAGCAUCAUCAUCAUCAGCAGCACCAUAAAUUUGCUCAUAGUUAUUCCCAUGGUUUAACCGCUAGCCCGACAGGUCCUAUGGCGCCUAUCAUGAUGACUUUUGGAGGAAAUAGCGGAGGAGCUGCGGCGGAGUCCUCUAGUGAAGAUCUUAACAUGGUUCAGUAUAAUGCUGGAGGACAAGUAGUGCAGCAAGCGUUCUCGGUGUCGAGAAAGAGGCUUCGGACAAAAUUUACACAACAACAAAAGGAUGGAAUGAAUGAAUUUGCUGAGAAGCUGGGGUGGAAGAUCCAAAAGCAAGAUGAACAAGAAGUGCAGCAGUUUUGCAGUGAGGUAGGAGUAAAGAGACAGGUCUUCAAGGUUUGGAUGCACAAUAACAAACAAGCAAUGAAGAAGAAACAAAUGACAAGAAUAUUAAGAGAUCAAUAGGCGGAAAUCAGUUAUCACCCCAAAAGCCAAAAGGACUGAAGUGCACGAGAUGAUAUGGAUAU